CGCUGAACUAGUUCAAUAAGUUGAAGCGAGACAAGUAUAUGUUUUCUCAUUUCAACUUAUCGCACUAGUUCAGCGGUGCGGCGAAAACGAACAAACCUUUGGAUAGACUGCUAUAAAUUUGAAUAAACGUUAUUACUAGUUGACACUGUUUUGUUACAACGAGAAUAUAUCGUGUAAUUUUUAACGCGUGUUUUUAUACAUUACAAAUUUUAUACAUUACAAAAUGUCUUAUAUGCUGUCGCAUUUGGAAAACGGCUUUCAAGUCGAUCAAGCUAUUUUGUCGGAAGAAGACAGAGUAGUGGUUAUUCGCUUUGGCCACGAUUGGGAUCCAAUGUGCAUGAAGAUGGACGAAGUUCUCUACAAUAUCGCGGAAAAAGUUAAAAAUUUCGCCGUUAUUUAUUUGGUUGAUAUCACAAAAGUACCAGAUUUUAACAAAAUGUAUGAAUUAUACGACCCAUGCACAGUGAUGUUCUUCUUCAGGAACAAGCAUAUAAUGAUUGAUUUAGGCACAGGCAAUAAUAACAAAAUCAACUGGACAUUGGAGGACAAGCAGGAAAUGAUUGACAUCAUUGAGACGGUUUACAGAGGUGCGAGAAAAGGUCGAGGUUUGGUUGUAUCACCUAAAGAUUAUUCAACUAAAUAUCGAUAUUAAUUCAUUUAGAAAAUAUUAUCCAACUUUAAUAUUAGGAAAAUAUUCAUGCUAUAUUUUUGUUUUACAUUAAAACCUGUGAAGUGUUGAAUGAA